AGUGGCCUUUCGCACAUGCGUGGUACCGAUCAGAUUUCCGGUACGGGUAGUUGUACCCUAAUGUAUGUUUGGAAAAGUUUGGAAUAUAACGAAGCUGCUGAACGUUUACGCUCAAAUGCGAUUUUGAGGCAACUGACUUAAUCCGUCGGCUCACACCGUUUUGACCUCCACUUUUCCCAGGAGAGGGUUUGUUUUUGUAGUGUUUUAGGGGACCGGGGUCUGCCUCCGUUCUUUGGCUAACGUUAGCUCGUAUCAGCGCUGUCACAUGCGUUCAGCUUUCGCAUGAGAGUUUAACCGACUCUGGUUUAUAGGUCGGUGCCGCAGAGUGUAGGCCGGUUCAGUUUUGACCGUUAUCGCUGCACUCUAGCCAAACAGGAGAGUCUUUAAAUAUGGUGUUUUUCACCUGCAACGCUUGUGGGGAGUCCCUGAAAAAAGCUCAGGUUGAUAAGCAUGUAAAUAUCUGCCGGGGCUGCCAGGUCCUGUCCUGCAUCGACUGUGGAAAAGACUUCUGGGGCGAUGACUACAAAACCCACAUUAAAUGCAUCAGUGAAGAUCAGAAGUAUGGUGGCAAAGGCUACGAGGCGAAAACAAACAAAGGAGAUGUGAAACAGCAGCAGUGGCUCCAGAAAGUCCACGAAGCCAUGAACAAACCCGGAGUCAGUGCAAAGCUAAGAGAUGUCCUCCAGCAAGUUAGUACUUACGAUAACGUACCGAGAAAGAAGGCCAAGUUUCAGAACUGGAUGAAAAAUAGUCUCAAAAUACCAAACCCCAGUCUGCAGGAGGAAGUGUGGAAUAUACUUGCUGCAGCUGAUAACGCUUCAGAGCCCCCACAGCCAGUUCAGCAGACAGAGGCUGAAGUCAAAGUGCACACUAAUGGAAAAGAAGAGCCGAAUGGCCACCCAAGUGAUGAGGAAGAGAAGAAGAAAAAACUGAACAAACGGGAACGCAAAGAGGCCCGACAGCAGAAGAAUGGGAAAGCUACAAAAGGUGCUGGAAAUACAGUCGCACAAGAGCUGGAGAAAGAAAUGGUUGGCAAAAGGAAAAAGGACAGAAAGAGAAAACAGCUCUCUGAAGAACCCAGUGAUGAUGAUAACAGCUAUGGCACUGAAAAUGAGACAUCAAGCAAGAAAACAAAGGUUGAUGAAGAAACGGAGGAUGCUGAUGAUCAAGAGGAGACUGAGGAUCGAGCUGCUACUAAAGGUAAAUUUAACUGGAAGGGGAACAUCAAGGCAGUACUGAGAGAGUCACCUGACCAGGAAAUGUCAGUGAAAAAACUCAGAAAGAAGGUUUUGGCUGCCUACUAUUCCUACACUGGUGAUAGGAAUUUUAAGAAGGAGGAAGAAGUGCUAGCACUUUUCAACAACAAGAUCAACAAAAAUCCAAAGCUUAGAGUUUUGAAAGAUAGAGUUAGACUUGUAAAGUAGGCUCCUUCAUCUUGUCCUUUUGAUGUACUGCAUAGAUUUUUAAAAUUUCAAAGCCAUCAUUGUCUUAUUGUUGUCUGUCAUCUUACAUUGGACUUCUUUUUUUUAAUACAGUUGACAUGAUGUUGAAGAUAAAACGUUUUUACCACUGAUUUAAGUGUCUGGUUCCUGUUUGACUUUCAUAAUUUAGUACUGUUUAAUGUAUGACAAUUGUGAUAGAUGGCUGCUCUGUUACGCAUUCCAAGCUCACGGUAAGGCUGGGAAAUGGCACCUUAUCUGUGGGAUUGGAUGUUAGAGUGGGGGAAGGGUAACGGGAGAGGUGCACCUGAGGUGAAUUAGACUCUCACACGGGACGAAGUUAAUGCACAUUCCUCGGCACCCCGAACGGGGCUCACUUGGCCAGGGAUACAGAAGCCCCAUAGAGGCAAGACGCUUGGUGUCAGCCUCAGGUGAAGUUUUAAUGCUGUCUGAUUUUGCACGACUAGAAUGAGCAGUCUCUUUACCCUGUACGCACACGCAGACACACAGACGCACACACAAACAGGAGGAAAUCUGCCCAGCUUUAUGAAGCUCAGCUAAUCCCAGCAGGUUUAACACUGAUGCUCAUUCAUCACACUGCUUACCUUGUAAUUGUAUAUUACAUACUUUGGGCUUUAGUCAAGCUGUAACUGAAGUUUGGUAGUAUUAAAAUGAUGUUUUCUAGUCCACCUGGGCUCAGCAGAACUUAAUUCUGUUGAUUUAAUCCAGACCCCCCAGAAUGCUGAAACUACAUCUUCACUGCAAAACAAAUGCAUUCAUUCAAGCCUUAAUCUGCUGUAUAUGAUUAAUAACAUGCCGUUGGUAUCAAAGUGAAAUUAUGAAACAUACAGCUCUGUGUAAAAUGUUGUUAUUUAUAUUUUACUUACAAAGAGCCAGACUUUCUCAUAAUUUGUUUGUUUGUUUUUUUUUAAGUGGUCUUGAGCAAUAGUUCUUACAGUCUUAGUUUUUCUUUGGACAUUCACUGCAUUUCACUUAUUUUCAGUCUAGUCUGUAUAGCUCUCCAUUUUCUUUCACUGAUCUAUGAAUUAUUCAAGCGUAGAAAAGCUACCUAACUCAAGGAAUUUCCAGAUGUUGUGCCUGCACAGGCAGCUUAAAAAAGGAACCGAUUUUUAUAUUGUGUCUUUGGGGACUUUGUAAUCAGCAGGCUGUCCAGAAAAACCCAAUAUAAUCCAUUCCUGGUUAUGUGAUCUACGAAAUGCAGAAAAUAACAAGGUUUCAAAGACAAAAUAACAUUUUUGCAUGAAUAAAGUGUUUGCCAAAAAGAAAAGUUGGCAUAGAUUGUCAUGGUGUGCGAUGUAUCUGAAGGAUUUUAAUAUACUGGAAUAGAAAAGAAAAUGACAUCUGUUGCAGAUGUGAAAGCCACCCUUAAGAAUGAGGAAAAAAACCAGCAAAGACUUGACACAGGAGCGAAAAGAUGCAUCUGGCCUUGUAGUUUUUGUUGAAGCCUCAUCACAAAUGGUCACUAAACGGCUCUGUCAUGAUUUGGGGCUCCAUUUCAGCCAGCCUUGUUUGGAGAUCGUUUAAAAUUAUUGGAUUUAAGAACAUAGAAUAGUACCAUCAGAUUUUGAUCCACCAGGCAAUACAAUUUGGAAAGUAUCUGAUUAGAAAAUGUUUCAUUUUGCAGCAUGAAAAUGAUCCCAGACACACUGCCAAUGUAGUAAAAGCAGACCGGGAAAGAAAAAAACACAGUGAAACACUAUCAGUCAUGGAUUGGCCUCUCCAGAUAGAUUGGGUGGCUCAAGAGUUUUGCACAGAACUAAGUUUUUUUUUUUUUUAAACUUAUUUAUUUUUGGUUCAUAAAAUUGUGAUAUAAGUGUCACAUCCAUACGAUGUUCAGCACUGUUACACAGUUUUAUUUCA